UUGGACGGGAGAGAGGAUGAAAUCCACCGAGUUGAUCAUGAUUUGCUUGAUUGAAUCAUCGUCCUUUUUCGGAAAAGCAUACAUGAAGAGAUCCCAGUUGGGGUGAACAUUUGCUACAAAACAUGGGCAUUCUUGGCGUUUUUGCUGCGCGAACCGGUUUGAGGGAGAGUAGAUGCACAGGUGCACCAUUUGAAUCCAGCGGUGAGCCGGGGAGAUGGCAUUUGUGGCUUUAAAGACUGUGUUUGUUUUGUCAUGCUCCUGUGACUGAUUCUAGUCAAAUGCCGCGAAAGAAAGGAAAAACUACAGGUUACUUUCAAUGUCAUUCUUGAGGCAGGGUAUUUCUUCCCAUUGGUUCAUGAUGCGGGGCAUCUUCAUUUGCUUCGAAGCCAUUUGAAGCGCAUUCACCUCCGCCUCGGAUGCCAUGGAAGACGUGAGUCCGGACACCGCGCUGAUCGACCUGGAACAACUGGGAACGACGAGUGCUGUGGGGUCCGCGGGGCGUCCGAUCCCUUGGAAGAAGCUGUCGGUGGCUGCGGUGGUGAUUGGGACUGUGGCGUACUUGUCAUGGCCCAAAUCAUCGACUACAAGCGCAGUGAAGAGGAGCGUCCAAUUGUCCUCGUGGGAAGAUACACUUGAGGAGUGUACCAACUUGUUCCAGAUGGCUUUGGAUGCUGAUGAAGACUCUGUCCAAGUCGGGGUUUUCGACUAUGAUGAUCAGACCUUGGCGCAAGAGAAGAUCCGCACAGCUGAGCAAGCAGCGAAAGCCAUGCAUGAUCCAGAAACCAACUUUGUCCAGAUCGGCACAUGUGGUAUGCAGGAGCGUUCGGUGGUUUGGCUGUACCCGGACAAGAGUGGCGACCACGACGGUGAUGAUCACGCUGCUUUCCUGGUGGCAGAUGGAGAAUGCAAGCGUAUUGAAGCCCAAGUGAAUGACAAAAAGUCCGAAGCCGCCUGCAUCGCGGUCUAUCGCAUCCCGGACCCCGCGGCGGGCAUCGCGGUGCUGAACCACUUCCAUGGCAUCGGCACCAUCAGCCAUGCCGUGGUGGGGGGACAUGGAUCGGAUUCCGCCCAGAAGAAUGGUGAGCUGCAAAUGAGCAGUGACAUUGACCUGUCGGGCAAAGAUCCGAUUGCCCUCACCUUGGUGGACACCUUGGCCACGAAACUGACACCCCAUGGCACCAUCUUCCUGGAUUCGUGCUUCGCAGGCAUCAAUGGAAUUGCGGAGAUGUUCUCGAAAAGGAUUCCAGACCAUUGGGUCAUGGGUGGCGUGGUCUCGUUGCAAUCCUUCAUCCAGGUGCACGACACGCCCUUCGAUGGCACCGAAGCCUCGGGCCCCACGCAGGUGACCUCGGAGUUGGCCUUUGACCAGGUGGUGAAUCCUUCGGAAGGCAUCGAUGCAGAAGGGGACCCCACCUUCGUCAAGGGCAUGGCCUUCGAGAACGGCGGCAAGGUCGAGGAGAUCGAUCAGCUGAAGGGCGAGCGCGUCGUGGCCUGGUUCGGUGGCCAAAACCGCGGCAGCGUCACGCAAUGGCUCUACCCCUCCGGCGACGAGGAGGUGCUGAAGGUGAAUUGCAAAGUGGAGGUCCAGGAGCCGUUCUACGCGUUUCGCAUGGGCCCCGCUGAGACGGAGCAAACAGACGAAGAUGCUGAGGAUGGCGAUGGUGAGGGCUUGGGUGUCUUCGAGCAGUUGCUACCACGGGGCUUAGAGGGAUGGGUGGUGUUCAUCUAUGACGUGGGCAAUGCGCCAACCUCGGGGAAUGCGUUGAUCAACUACGACUUGCCCAAGGAAUUCAAGGAGCAGGGAGUGACGGGUGGCACGGGACAGACCUUGGGUCCCUUGUUGACGCUGACCAAAGACUUCAGCAAACUGAGUGUGACCUGCCCUGAGUGAUUCGAAUCAUCCGGAUGUAUAUCAUCUAAAUCUGAAGGCCACAAAGCAUGGCCAGACUUUUGCCACAAAGGAUGGCAAUUCAAAAUAGUUAGAUGAGGGUUCUUUCGAUGGCUAUGGCUCAAG